ACACUGCUGGGAGCCACAGUACAUCUCAUACAACUCCCAGCUUUCCCAUACACAUCAAUACUCUGUGCGCACACUGCCCCCUAGUGUGGACGUGUCGGCGGUGCAGCGCACAGGAACUAGUUGCAAUCCAUGGCUGACACGGAAGAGGAAAACUUGCAGAGCCAAAUUGAUGAGAUUGAAGCGUUAUCUUCCAUCUAUGGUGAUGAUUGGUGUGUAAUCGAUGAAGCUGCAAGAAUAUUUUGCAUACAAAUCUCCAACUCACUUGAUCAGCCAGAAUGGACGCUCUGUCUGCAGGUAAUUCUACCCCCAGAAUACCCAGCUACCGCACCACCUCUUUAUCAACUAAAUGCUCCAUGGCUCAGGGGUGAAGAUCGAAUGACUUUAUCAAAUUAUCUGGAAGACAUUUUCCUGCAAAAUCUUGGCGACAACAUCCUUUAUCAGUGGGUGGAGAAGAUCAGAGAAUUCUUGGUGGAGAAAUCUAAGACUUCUCAUCCAGGUCCAACAUUGAAAGCUGCAACAGAAGAAACUGAGGCUGCUGAUGAUGAUGAUGAAAUAGCCUCAAGUUCUGAGCUAUUAAAUAACUUGUUUGCUAACUUAGCUGUUUUUGGACAUUUAGAUGCUUUUGAAGACACUGAAAAAGAGGUUCCAAAAAUAGAACACGGGGAAACAAUAAGUGACAGAAGAAGUACGUUCCAGGCACACUUGGCUCCAGUGACAAGCCCUGCUCAGGUAAAGCAAGUACUGAACAAACUUUAUGAAAACAAAAAAAUUGCAAGUGCGACUCACAACAUAUAUUCAUACAGGAUAUACUCCAAAAAGACAAACAGCUUUAUUCAAGACUGUGAGGAUGAUGGAGAAACAGCGGCUGGUAAACGUCUUCUACAUCUUAUGCAGAUUUUAGAUGUGAAAGAUGUAAUGGUGGUAGUAUCCCGUUGGUACGGUGGCAUUCUUCUCGGACCUGAUCGCUUCAAGCAUAUAAAUAACUGUGCACGAAAUAUACUAGUGGAACAUAACUACUCUUCCUCUGCGGAUGAAUCUUCUAAGCAUAGCAAGAACAAAAGCAAUUCCAAGGAAGGCAAGAAAAGAACAGAACAUUGAUCUGUUAGAAAUAAUGGAUGUAGGAAUUUUUUAAAAGACGUCCUCACUGAGCCUGGAUUCACACUACCGUAGUGCGUGCUGAAAAGACCACAUGUGAUUCACACAAGAAUCGCACUGCAAUCCUGUGCACAUCACAUGCAAUGUCUGUGUGGCGCGAUUUGAGCCAUACAUUCUGUAUGGCUCAAAUCGCAUCCCUUCUGCACCAAUAUUUUUUCCCGCACCUGAAUGACAUUGCAUGUGUUUUCACACCCAUAUGACGUGAUUCUGGCAAUCACGCUGCGUUUUUCAAUCUGUUUUAGGGUGUUGUUAAUUUAACA